AUGCCGUCGCCCAUCGGAGCUAAACCCGUCUUGCCUGAGAUCGAGGAGAAACCCCCGCUCCGAGCCUGCGAUGUGGCCGACGACUACUUCAGGAAGGAACUUGGCCUUCACGAAGGCAUGGCAGGUGCAGUGACAGCUGGAACGAUAGUCAUUGUGCAUGACCAAUGCUAUGGACACCGUUUUUCGAGGUCCAAGGCGCCAAAGGGCACUUUGAAUUUGAUUGUUGAGCGGCCCGAGCGCAUACUGGCCAGCGUGUUGGGCAUAUCUACCGCCUAUGUGCGGCUUGGAGAACGCCAUGCUGGAGGAAGUAACCCUCCUCACCCUUACCGAAACCCCUCGGACCAAAUUCCGUUCAAGAUUCGCAAGACCUCCCGAACAGUAGAUAUCACAUCACCCGUAGUCACCAACGUACACGGCGUUAAGUGGAUGGAAGAACUGAAGACUAUGUGUAUGAAUGCCGAGAAGAAACUGGCAUCCACUGGGAAAGAGUUGGCUAGGGAGGGGCUGAGACUACCAGGCCAUCCACCCAAGGAAGCUUUCCACGAAGGAGAUCUGUACCUCUGCGGGGAGUCGCUUAAUGCACUUCAGGGCGCUCUGGGUGGCGUUCUGGAUGCCGUUGACGCAGUAUUCCAAGGUACCGCAAUUGGAAGUGGACCAUCUCGCGCAUUUGUCUCCGUCCGACCCCCUGGCCACCACUGCUCUGCCGACUUUCCAUCUGGAUUCUGCUGGGUUAACAACGUACACGUCGGCAUUGAGCAUGCCUUCACGCAGUACGGGCUGACGCACGCAGCUAUCAUCGACUUCGACUUGCACCAUGGAGACGGCUCGCAGUCUAUUGCCUGGGGCCGAAACAAGAAGGUUCAAAACAUGCCGAAGAACACGCCAAACUCGAAGAAAUUUUCCAUUGGAUACUUCAGCUUGCAUGACAUCAAUUCUUUCCCGUGCGAAUGGGGCGAUGACGAAAAAAUCCAAUCGGCAAGUCUUUGCAUCGACAAUGCACACGGCCAGUCAAUAUGGAACAUUCAUCUAGACGGAUGGAAAGAUAUGGAUGACUUUUGGAGAAUCUACGAAGACAAGUAUCUGGCUCUGCUCGAGAAGGCGCGGAAAUAUCUGAAGGUCCACACCCAUCGUCUGCGAACUUCUACCAACCACCCACCGCCAAAAGGCGCCAUUUUCCUCUCUGCCGGAUUCGACGCGAGUGAAUGGGAGAGCUCAGGCAUGCAGAGACAUGGCGUUAAUGUCCCCACCGAAUUCUAUGCUCGAUUCACCAGAGACGUCGUACGGAUCGCCGAAGAAGUCGACACAGGUGUAGAGGGCAGGGUCAUCUCUGUCCUCGAAGGAGGCUAUAGUGACCGAGCUUUGACGAGUGGUGUUCUCAGCCACUUGAGCGGUCUUUGCGAUGGUCAAGUGUUUUCCAACACCAUGCCUUCGAACGGGCUAGCGCAAGAUAUGCGCCGUCGUUUUGGAGGAUUGAGUCUGGCCGAGGAGGAUAUCCCCAUCCCGUCAGCAGAGGCCGAACAGACCCCAGUCACAUAUGAUCCUCGCUGGUGGCAUGAUUCGAGUUUGAUCGAGCUCGAACGCCUGGUUAACCCACCACCAAUCGUCGCGCCAAAGAAGCCACGAACAGGCCCUACCCAAACUUAUUCGUCCCCAACCCAAUCCUUCACCGCGAAGGUCGUCGAUCCAGCCAAGCUUCAUCGUAGCGUGUCUGGUAAAUAUAUAUCGGCCAGUCCCUCUCGAGCCCCAUCGCCACCUCCACCAGAUGUCGAUUGGGCCACAGCAGCUCACGCUUUGAGUAAGCUGUUGAUCCCAACUGACCGACAAACUCGAAGCUGGAAGCUGGAAGACCUCACGGAACCGAAAGUCAAGAAGGAAAAGCCAGCUCCAGUCCCUGCUUCAAGCCGAGUCGACCCAUCUGGAAGGCAACUGCGAGGCAGGAAGCUAACUACAUCUUAUGCUGACCCAGACUCAGACGACGACAAGGCAGCUGCGCGUGUGACAUCGAGGGCUAACAGACGGAAGACGAUUGCAGACUUUCCUGUGGCAGAACCUCCUGCAGCCACCCGGGCGGUGUCGCGCCGUAUGAGCAUUGCAUCGAGUAUCGGAUCCGUCAAUGGUGAUAGGAGCGCCAGUCGUGCACCCAGCGUUGCACCAGGACGGAAGAGCAUUACACCAGCCCCAGGUGCAUCAACCAAUGGAGUACAAGUGAAAAAGGCGAGAGGAACUACUUCCACCGCAGCUCGCGCGCCAAAGAACGAACCUCCUGUACCACGCGUGCCUUCGAACUAUCUGAGCAAGACGGCUUCCAUCAAGGAGAAGGAGAAUGACAUGGAUCAACUUACUUCAGGCCUGAAGCGCAUCACCUUGAAGCUUCCAUCAAAGGAAGAGUACGAGGCAAGGGAGAGACUGAAGGCUCUUGAGGCGGCGAGGAAGGCUGCCGCAAAGACAAAUACUCGAAAACCAGCUGCAGCACGCACCACGAAGACGACGACUAAGUCAGCCACCACAAAGACGACUGCAGCAAAGAGAGCUCCAGGACGGUCAACCAAGUCACCCAAGCCCCCGUCGCCAGUUGAGCCCGCACCAGAGCCCAUUUCCACGAACGGAGCCAUCUUGCCCGAGCCACCAAAGAUCGACCAGACGGUAACACCUCCCCUCGAGCAACGGCAGCCUCUGCAGCCACAGCAAGUCAAGAGCAUGAUUCCUGUCGCAGCGGCCGACACACGAACGUCCGGCGAAGUAAUCAAUCCUCCAACGGAGCUGGCAGAGAUGGACAUUUCCCCAGACCAACUGCCCAAGUCGUCCUUCACGACUGUCGACCCAUUGCCCAUGACGACCUCUCCGCCUCGCCCCGAUACACCUCCACCACCGCCACCGUCAAACGUUGCGCAAUUCGUCAACUAUGGCGCACACACAUUCAGUGUAUCCUCUUCACUGAAUACCAAUCAGGCGAACAAAAUCGAGCCUCAGGCACCACUGCAAUGGCUGCCUCCGAACACAGAUGCCGCGCUCCCCACAACUGCAGCUCCUGCAGCACCACCAAUGACGCCUAGCAAACGGCAAGACUUGCCCGUAUUUACAGCCAACGGGGCAAUCCCAUUUGCGCCGAACCCGAAUGUUGCGUCAGUGCCAAUGAGUCAACAUAAUACAGGUGAUACGAUCAAGAGCAGGGAAGGAGAGAAGGAGAUGGAUAUUUGGGAGGUGCCCGAGACACCUGCACGAUAG